AAAUGUUAUUUGUUUUAUUGUUGUUCUUGUUUUCAUUGUUCCUUUGGUUUCAGAAGUAGCACUUGAGUUAUGAUUUCAUUUAUCCACAACAGUUUGUAAGUUUGCUAAUCGAAAUACAGGAUAACACUGGUUAAAGAUAACCCUGUAGGAAACAAACUGGCUUACAUAUUUGUGAAAGUGUUGCGAUUAAAAAGAAAAAGGCUUAGGUUUUUGUGUCUCUAAACAUACAUAAACAGCAUGAAUGCUUUUAAUAGGAAAACACACACCCAUAUUCAAAAACAAAUAUUAAACCCCUGAGUAACCAGCAGGAGAUCCAUUGUGUGGUUGUAAUGCAGGCUCAUUGGGUGUGAACCGUGGCCAUGUGCUCUGUUCAACACAACAGAGAUAAUCUCAGGAGCUGACCGAGCAGCAAAUAAACUCUGUGGGCCGCUAUGAAGUCUGUCACUAUGCUGUUACCAUCACCAAAAAUGACACAACCUAGCAAGAAGUCAGUUAGUCAACAAGUCAACCAAAAUCUUUUUUUUUUUUUUUUUUUUUUUUUAAACUGCAAGAGGCAACAAGAUUGUGAACAAGAGAAGAGUCACACUGCACAGCGUGCAUAAACAUGCACACCAUUGACAGGACAGAUAAACUGGAACUGGUCUUAUCUGAGAGGAAAAAAGAAAGAAGAAACUUGAGGUAAUGAGAUUUGAAACCAAGCAAAAAAUACUGAUGCAAUACACAAGUGAGCAGGAAAGAGAGAGAGAGAGCGCGAGCGAUAGCAAGAAAGAGUGAGUGUGUGUGUGAAAUGUGUGAAUAUGACUCCUUAUGUCAGGUGUGUGAUUGGGUGUUCAUGCUAGUAACCAGGGAGGGCCGGACUUGUCUCAUGGGACUGUGGGAGGAGAGACAUAAUCAGCUGCAAACACAACAAGAGAAUACUCCACACAAUCACAAACCACUGUGGCUCACUCACAACGCAACAUCAAGCUCUGAGAAACCAACCUCCUGGCAAGAACACAAGAAAACAAUUAAAUUUAGCUUGAAUAUAUUGCUGACACUACCGCUACUGCUGCUGCUCAUGAUGGCGCCAAAGGAAAUGACUCUUCACUGCAGGACUUGAAUUAUAGCAACAUAACUCGCAGGAGCAGUUUAGGUCAUUAAGACCCAAACAGGUGCUGAUGUACAAAAGUUGACCUCUUCACUAUAAGGAGUACAGAUUGACCUGCAUCAAAGGAUCCAGGAUUCUUCUGCAAAUAAUCCAACUGGAUGUCUCCACUGCAGAAGCUUUAACUGUGGUGGUACUGGCAGACUACAGAGAAACAGGGCUAUUAUGCGCCAGCUUGAAGGGACAAAAUGCAGCUUCCUUGUGUGCCUGGGGAUAAGUAUUAUUAUCUUUUCAUUCAUUUAUUUGAGGACUAGGACGCCACCUGAGUUAAAGCCUCCCCCAUCUUCAAGUUGCAAACCUUUCUCAACUGCGUGUAAAACUGUUUUGCCAGGCAUGAAGAAAGGAGUAAAUUGGUACCGCCGUGACUGUCAGGAGGAAAGCUACAUUCUAAACAGCCAUUUCCUGUGCUCAAACUUGACAAGAGAUUUACACUUUAUAACAAGACCUCUAAGUCGUACAGAGGAGCUCUACCCUUUAGCUUUCAUUGUGACUAUUCAUAAAGAGCUGGAGCUUUUCAUCCGCCUCUUGAGGGCCAUUUAUAUGCCACAAAAUGUGUACUGCAUUCACGUGGAUGCUAAGGCUCCACGGGAGUAUCGGGAGGCUGUACAGAAGCUAGUCAGCUGCUUUCCAAAUACAUUCCUCUCCAGUCACAGUGAAACUGUGACCUACGCUGGUUUUUCUCGUUUGCAAGCAGAUCUGAAUUGCAUGAAGGAUCUAGCAAAAUCCAAGACAGACUGGAAAAAGGUGGUGAAUCUGUGUGGACAAGAUUUUCCUGUUAAGACUAACCUGGAACUGGUACAGUACAUGCAGAGCCAACAAUGGAGGGAUAAAAACAUGACACCUGGGGUCAAACAGCCGAUGUCGAUGAGGUACAGAACACAACGCCAGUACAAGGAGAUUGUGGGGUCACAUGUAGCUCCGAAAGGGCGAGGCGUGAGGAAAAGGCCUCCUCCACACAAUCUGCAAUUAUAUUUUGGAACAGCCUACUAUGCUCUUACAAGGCCUUUCGUGGACUUUGUUCUGAAAAGCCCAAUAGCGCAUGACCUCUUGGAUUGGUCCAGGGACACAUUCAGUCCAGAUGAACACUACUGGGUGACGCUCAACCAUAUCAAAGCUCCAGGCAGUCGCAUUGAUGGAGGCUGGGAAGGAGCUAUCCGGGCAAUCAAAUGGCGGGAUCAAGAAGGAAGUGCACACAGUGGUUGCAAAGCUGCUGUUUUCCAGGGCAUUACAUACGAGGCAUCUGUAUCUACGGAGUGGAAGACCUACCAUGGAUCAUCAGCAUGGACAGCAUGUUUGCCAAUAAGUUUGAGAGUAAUACCUUUCCUGAGGCACUAGACUGUCUGGAGCAGUGGCACAGAAACAAGGUUCUCAACCAGGCUACUGUUCCCAUAGAACCGUCAUGGCUGCUGGCCAUACACAGCAACUACAGCAACAGCAGCAGCUACUUUAACAGCAGUGCUGGAGAAUGAAAUCAUUACAAACAUGCAGACUACAUCUAGUUGGGUUUAUUUGCACUUGUCUUGUGUUGUUAUGUCAUAAUGUGUGCACAGGAAAACAAAACUAAGGAAGACAAAAUGCAUGCACUGUGUAUUUCAAGACCAUGUGUAUAUACUAAUAUGUUUAUCUAUGAAACUCUAUCAGUGCUGUCCUUUUUUUCCUAAAUACAGCAUUGGUAUAAAGUACGGCUACACAUGUAUAUGAAAUAAAAUCUGUCUAUAAAGCAAAAAUAAUGACUAAAGCUUGGAUGAAACGCCACUACCAAAGAAAUGUUAUUCAGUAUGACAUUCAGUUUGAAAAACACAACUGCUGAUAAAGGUGUUGACCCUAUUCUCCUAUUUAAGAAGUAAACAGGUGUAAACAAAUAAAAGCAAUUAUGAUAAAGA